AUGCCGAAAUCUGUUGAAGACGAAGACCCAGAGGAUAUUCUAGCGGACUCGCUGGAUACGCUAUACGGUUGCCAACCUGUCUCACUCUCGUCUCCUGGCCGUCAUUUUGUCCUGCAACUCAAUCAUCGCAACCACGCCAUCAACACAUUAUCGAUUGAACCCAGGAAACCUAUAUCCAUCUCGUGUCGUGUUCCUGAUACACAGUCGUCAAAUUGGUCUUUGCAUGCGUCGAGUGUAUGGGUCGCAUCGGUAUACCUUACCAAGCAUAUACAAGAGCUACAUCUAGAGGAUUAUCUUUCGCCGCUGACGUCGCCGACAAAUCGGAUAAACGUCCUAGAGCUCGGCGCAGGUGCCGGGAUCCCUAGUAUCGCCAUCAGCAAGUUAUAUGAAGAUCCGCGUAUACACAUUACGUCGAGUGAUUACCCAGAUGAUCAACUGAUCUCUGCUUUGGAGGACAAUGUUCAAACGAAUGGCGUUGCAUCGAGGUGCAAGGUUGUUCCUUACGCAUGGGGAUCAGACGCAUCCCCUCUGCUACCCAGGUUCGAAACUACUGUGGAUUGUGGGUUUGACGUAGUCAUUGCCGCUGAUACGUUGUGGAACUCCGAUACUCAUGCGAUCUUCGUCGAGACCCUCCGAAAGACUCUCAAGAAAGAUGCCAAGUCUAGGAUACAUCUGGUGGCAGGAUUGCAUACUGGUCGAUUCACUAUCCAGUCUAUGCUCAAUCGGCUGAAAUCAUCUGGAUUCGAUGUCGAAUCUGCGGAGGAAAGGCAAGUGCACGGCGAUCAGCGACGAGGGUGGAUUGUUGAGAGGGACGGGGAAGGCGAAUUUGAUCGACGGCGGUGGUUGGUGUGGAUCAAGGUCAAGUGGCAUACCACUUGA